UGUGUGUGCAUGUCCCCUGCCCAGCCUUCUUAUCCCAGCACAGAGCCAGGCUGGAUGCAGCUCUCUGGGGGUGAUUGAUGGGCAGAGCUAUGCCAUAUCAUUGUCUGGACUGUGUGCAGGGCAGAGGGAUUGAUGCUGGGGAUUCUGUCCCUUUAAAGCUCUUCCUUAGCUAUGAGCUCUGACGAGCUGAUUCUCAGCUCAGAACAGAGACAGUCACUGCAUGGUGUACUGAGUGCUGGAGACCUACUGACUGUGAGAGUGGCCCCUGUUAAACAAGCAGAAACAGUCACUGCAUGGUGUGCUGAGAUCUGCUGGCUGUGAGAGUGUCUCCUGUCACACUGACUAGCAGAGACAGUCAUUGCAUGGAAUACUGAGUGCAGGAGAACUGCUGCCUGUGAGACUGUCCCAUUAGACAAGCAGAGACAGUCAUUGCAUGGAGUACUGACUGCAGGCAGGAGAGCUACCGGCUGGAGACUGUCCCCUUCACCCUGGUAAGCAGAGACACCCUCAUUUUUGGAUUGCUCUCCUAGGACCUCUUGGACCCCUUUUACCAUCAGUUGUGGCUGCAGGUUCUCCUCUUUUAUCCCGGCUCAGGAUACCAGGACCACUUUAUCCAUAGGAUACUUUGGACAGUCCCUAGGAAGCCGGAUUCACAUCGAUUAAAUCCCCGGUCCAGGAGGACCUCUUUAUAUGCUGUGAGGAUACUAGGGUCCAUGAUGGGUCUCUCUUCUCCCAGGAUCUAGAAAAAGUCUUUACCAUCCCCAGGAUACUCUGUCUGAGGAGGACCCUUGUCUGGACAGGUCUUCAAACAUCCCCGUGAGCCCAGGGUCUAAGGCUGAAGUUUGUAUCAGAGGUCCACAACUAGCUUACCUCCAUCCUACUUACCCCAUCCAACCUGCCACCAUCCAGCCACCCCCUGGUCUGCUGCUCUGGAUUUGGCUCUGUAAGGGGAUGUGUGUAAUACAGGGAUUUGGAAGGGGAUGUGUAUAAUAGAAGGGGCACAGAGUGAGUUAAACACCUGGAAGUAGAGGGGGGACAGCAGAGCUCGGAGGUAAGCUCCCAUCAGAUCUCACCCGGCGAGCCCCUGGAUUGCCCACCAUGACUUCUGCCAGGCUGUUCGGGUGUCUCCUGCUUCUGCUCAUCUGCGCUUCAAGCAGCAGUCAGCGAGGCAACAAGAGGAAAACUGCGUCAGAAAUCUCAUCGAGCAACAGACAGAAAGCAAAAGAGAGGACAGCAAUAACUGCAUCAUCGAGCAGAGACUGUCUGCAGGCAGGAGAGGCCUGCAAAAGCAAUCACAGCUGCAGCUCCAAUUUACGAACGCUCCGCCAGUGUAUAGCAGGCAAUGGUGCUAACAAGUUGGGGCCAAAUGCGAAGAACCAGUGCAAGCGAACAGUCACGGCACUUCUUUCCAGCCAACUGCAUGGCUGUAAGUGUAAACGAGGAAUGAAGAAAGAGAAGAACUGUCUCAAUAUUUACUGGAGUAUUCACCAUACCUUGAUGGAAGGUAUAAGCAUUCCAGAGAGUUCACCAUACGAGCCAUUUGUAAGGGGUUUUGACUAUGUGAGAUUGGCUUCCAUCACAGCAGGUUCUGAGAAUGAAGUUACACAAGUUAAUCGAUGUUUAGAUGCGGCCAAGGCCUGCAAUGUAGAUGAAACUUGCCAAAAGUUGCGAACGGAUUAUGUUACUAUGUGCAUUCGACAAACGACUCGGACUGGUUUUUGUAACCGUUCCAAGUGCCACAAAGCCUUGAGGAAGUUUUUUGACCGAGUGCCAGCUGAGUACACCAAUGAACUGCUCUUCUGCCCAUGUGAGGACACAGCUUGUGCCGAGAGGAGAAGACAAACCAUUGUCCCCGCUUGCUCGUAUGAGUCAAAGGAGAAACCGAACUGCCUCACACCUCUGGACUCAUGCAAGGAUAACUAUAUCUGCAGAUCCCGGUUUGCAGCUUUUCAGUUAGAUUGCCAGCCCUCGCUACAGUCUGUUACAGGAUGUGCCCAGGAAAAUUACGCUGCCUGCCUUCUGGCGUACACUGGAAUUAUAGGCAGUGCGAUCACUCCAAACUAUGUGGAUAACUCAUCUUCCAGUGUGUCCCCCUGGUGUACGUGUAAUACAAGUGGAAAUCGCCAAGAGGAAUGUGAAAACUUCUUACAUCUCUUCACAGAUAACAUCUGUCUCCAAAAUGCUAUUCAUGCUUUUGGGAAUGGAACAAACUUGAAUCCGGCUUUAAAUCCAUCUGCCACCUCUACAACACCAAUGCACAAAGAAGAAAUAAGCUUAAACAGUUCCAUUCAUCCUGUCGAGGAACUUGUCCCUGCUCAAGUUCAGCCCACCAAGGUCACAAGACAGGAGCCUUUUUUGACAGGAUCCGAUCAAAUCAAAUCCGAGGUGUUCAACUCUAUGGCUCCUACCUUCAGCUCCAGUUUGGCCAGCCUUGGAUGCUCCAUUAUCUUUGCCAUAGUCCUGCAGACUGUCAUGUGAAUGCAUCAGAUUGUCUAUGCUUUAUUCUCGCAGACUGAUUGCAAGAAGGAAAAGAAAAAAAAUUUUAGUCUAUUUUCUUUACUUUUAAAAAUUUAUGUUAAAUCAUGGUAACCCUAAUAAUCUUUAUUUUAGGCUCUUGUCCAUUUGAAUAAUUUUUAUUUUUAUUGCAUUAAUCAUUCAUAAGUGUCUCUUCAAAUCACAAACGUGGCUUUUGGAGACGUACAAAAGGAAGCCACGUGACUUCAAGAAAAGUUUUAUAGUUGUCUAGAAGACUGGCAUCCUUCUUUUUGCCAUCGGUGCCUGAUUGAGUUCUGUGGAGCUUUGGAGAAAGACAAAAGACAAUGUAUUGUACUGGGAUGCAGAGCACAAGAAUACAAUUUAUGGAAAAGUUUAAUAUCAAAAUAAUGACCAACCUUUGAGACAAAAAAAACAUUUGACGUGAUGUUGUUGAACCCAGUGGUAUGUUAGAAAAUACAGACAUAGCGUAUGGAGUCUAACCCUCUUUGCAUUUUCUGAACUUGUCUUAUUUUCUACAGUUCUGGGGGAAAUUAUGUAAAUAUCAUAUAAAUGCUUCAUAUGUCAUAUGAAAGUUAAACUCGAGGAAGAAACAUGGAUUUUCCCGAGAUCGAUUUAUUUUGUGAUUGUUUUCAAGAUCAAAAGUGUUUGUGUACCUUUCGCAUCACAGCGAGAGUUGACCUUUCCCUUGGUGGCCCUCGGUGACAAAUUUCUACACAAAUGCUUUGGAUAUAUAUAAAUAUAUACAUAUAUGAAACAAAAUUAUGUUGAGUGAAGGAAAGUAUUUUGACGAUAGUUUCGUUGUACCUUUCCUUUCUUCUCUUUCUUUAAGCAUACAUGAAAUGAUUCCACAUGAAAUAUAAUUUUUAAUCUUGGGAUAUUUUUCAUUUCUUUUUGACCGUAGUAUUAAAUUGUAUUAUACAA